UUUGUCUUACCUUCCAAAAACAACAAAAUCUAUGUUAUUUGUUUGAAGUUUUCUUGAUAGAUUCAGUUUUAUGUAGGUCUGAAUUUCGAGUUACUUUUGUUGCUAUGCGUGGUUCCUCCAUAUUGAAAGAUAUAUAUUGAGAGGGAUAGACAAACAGACAAAUAGAUCCAAGUCCCAGGCAUAUUGUGGUGUCUGUUAAUUGGAGUAAUGGUGCUUAUCCUAUUCCUUUAUGCAAUUGUCUUCAUUUUUUCUCUGUUGGUUCUGCUUGGGGCAAUCUUCACUUCCAAAAAUAGAGUAGGGUGUAGACUCCCACCAAGUCCAAUAGGAUUACCAAUCAUUGGACAUAUGCACCUCAUAGAUAUCGUGCCUUACCGGUCUUUUCACAAACUGGCAAUCCGAUAUGGUCCUUUGAUCCAUCUUCGUCUAGGUUCUGUUCCCUGCAUCAUAGUUUCCUCUCCUGAAUUAGCAAAAGAGUGUCUUAUGACCAAUGAACUAACCUUUGAUUCACGUCCUGUAACAGUCGCCAUCGAUUACCUUACUUACAACUCUGCUGGCUUUGCUUUCACUCAUUUUGGAACUGUCUGGAGUUUUAUGAAAAAGGUUUUAAUGUCUGAGCUCCUCGGUGGCCAGGCUCUUAAGAAACAUGGCCACAUUCGGCGAGAUGAGAUUCAGAACUUAGUUCAGCUGUUAUUGAAGAAAUCUAUCCAUGGGGAAACAGUAAAUGUUUCAGAAGAGCUCAUGAAGCUUUCGAAUAACAUAAUUACUCAAAUGAUGCUUGGUAAGAAGUAUUCUGAUAGUAAAGAGAGGGGAGAGGAAGUCCGUUCCCUGGUUAGGGAGGUUACAGAGAUUUUUGGUCAGUUCAAUGUCUCAGAUUCUUUUGGGUUUCUCCGGAACCUAGAUUUACAGGGGUUUCUUAAAAAAUCCACUGAUAUAAGAGGUAGAUAUGAUAUUUUGCUUGAAAGAAUCAUCAAGGAGCGUGAAGAAGUAAGAAGAAACAAGACGACAGGGAAGCCGACUAGUGAUGUGGGUAAUAACAAGGAGAAAGAUUUUUUGGAUAUCUUACUCGAUGUAUCAGAAGAUAUGAACUCAGAGGUCAAACUGAACAGAGAUAAUGUUAAGGCUUUUCUCUUGGAUAUCAUGACAGCUGGGACAGACACAUCAGCUGGUUCUACUGAAUGGGCACUAGGGGAGCUCAUUAAUCAUCCAAAUAUGCUUCAGAAAGCUAGGGAAGAGAUAGAUUCAGUUGUGGGUAGAAAUGUUAGGCUAGUGGAUGAAUCUGAUCUACCAAAUCUUCCUUACCUUCAAACAAUUUUUAAAGAAGCUCUACGUCUUCACCCUCCUGCACCCAUGCUUGCUAGAGAAUCGACCCAAGAUUGUGUGAUAGGAGGCUACAGCAUCCCAGCUAAAACUAGGUUGUUUGUAAAUGUAUGGUCUAUCAAUAGAAACCCUAAGUACUGGAGUGACCCCUUGGAAUUUCGACCAGAGAGGUUUAUGAUACCUGAAGGUGUUGAUGGCAAAUGUGAUCAGUAUCAAACAAGUAGAGUGAAUAAGGAUGUUAGGGGGCAACAUUUUGAAUUCCUGCCAUUUGGUACUGGGAGGAGAGGGUGUCCUGGGAUUUGGUUAUCUCUGCUCGUAGGACCAGCAGUAUUGGCUGCUAUGAUCCAAUGCUUGGAUUGGGAGGUAGUUAGCAGUGACGGCAGCAAAGAAAUUGAUAUGACUGACCGACCUGGAUUGACUGUUCCCAUGGCUAAUCCUAUCUUACUUGACCUGCACACCCGUUUCGAUCCGUUCAACCUCGAUAUGUAAUCGACCUGAACCUGUCAGUGGGAGAAACAACGUGGGAAUUGAAUGUGCUUUCGAAUCUGUCAAGGUUGUGGCUGCAGAUUUGAAAAUGAAACAUCUUCUAUUUAGCUGGCUAGGUUGUGGUUUAUAGAUUUAGUAAAACUGCCUAUGAAUGUGUUUAACGGUAUGCAUCCCAUUAAUUUAUCAGGCUUGCUGAUUUUCCUUGCUUCUGUUAAUUGCAUGAUUUCAGGAUACUCAAAGUUUGUACUGUGCAUCUUGAUGUGUGUUCUCUUUCUACCAAACAUUCAAUAAAGGAAUGUAAGGAUUUAAUCUGUCUGGUUUUUAAGAUCAAAAUACAUAUGUAAUAGGAACCAGUUUCACUAAAGUUCUGAUGUAAAGCGCUUGCUGCAUCUAGACACAUUCUACUCU